AUGUCCGAUAAACUCUUCCCUGCUCGAUUCUGGACUCGUAUCAGCGAUUGGUUCCUGGUCACCGACAUGAUCGACUCCAGGUGGGAGCUGUUCCAGAUCGUUCGCGGACUCAGUGCUGGCGAAGACGCAGGUGGCAGCUCCAAGCACGAGAAACAGCACAGCAAAGAUGGAACGCUUGAUCAUCGUCUCGUAGACUGA